AUGCAGCUCAUACCAAUUUUCCCGCUCAUUGGAUACCUUCUUUCCUCACUUUCAACUGUAGAGGCCGCUGAUGUCACCUACUGUAACUCAACAGCCAACUGUCCCAAAUCUCUACCAUGCUGUUCCACAUACGGUACGUGUGGUAACGGUAGUUACUGUCUUGGAGGAUGUGAUGUUAGAUACUCAUACAACUUAACUGCAUGUAUGCCCAUGCCGAUCAUGAGCAAGAUGAACACCACCUUCGAUAGUACAGAUCUUCUUUUAGACCAAAGCACUUACUUGGGUAACUCAACGGAAUCUGAUUGGCUCUACACUGGAUACAUCGACGACUACGACGACGCUUUAAUUAUUCAAAUGCCUAACGGUACCACAGGUACGGUUGUCUCAUCUUCACAAUAUUUAUUCUACGGGAAAGUACUGGCCAAAGUUAAAACUUCAAGAACCCAGGGUGUUAUCACUGCGUUCAUUUUGUUCUCAGACGUCCAAGAUGAAAUUGAUUAUGAAUUUGUAGGUUAUAACUUAACAUCUGCCCAGUCUAACUACUACUCGCAGGGUUAUUUGGAUUAUAACAAUGUUUUAGACAUUAACACUACCGACACAUUCGAAAAUUGGCACAUAUAUGAGGUUGACUGGUCUGAGGAUGCGGUGAAAUGGUCGAUUGACGGAGAUGUCGUCAGAACUUUAAAUAAGAGUGACACUUUUAAUGAUACAACAAAUAGAUACAGCUUCCCUCAAACUCCUUCGAGAGUUCAAUUAUCACUUUGGCCAGGUGGUGCUGCAUCGAACGCUAUCGGUACUAUUGAAUGGGCUGGUGGUGAAGUGAACUGGGAUUCAGAAGAUAUCCAAAAACACGGAUACUUUUACGCAGAAUUAGCGUGGUUAUCUGUUGAACCUUACGAUACUCCAGGUGGUGUCAAGAAAAUUGGUUGUAACGGUACCAGCUGUAAUGCUUAUUUGUACAAUUCCACAGAUGGGGACCAGCAAAAUGUUACCAUGGUUAAAAAGAUAACGUAUUUAGGAAAUGAAGGAGCUACCGGGCUCGAUCCUCAAAAUGAAGAGGAAGAAAUCGUUUCCACAUACACAUCGGGAUCUUCUACAUUUACAAGUACAACUACGAAGGGGGUUACAGCCAAGGUCACUGAUAAAUCUACAACUACUCAAGGAGAAGUCACUCCAAGUGGAUACGAUCCAACCAUGGGAUUUGUUCAGAAUUCUGAUGCAACUGCAACUGGGGAUGCCGAAACCACUUCUAGGUCAAAUGCUGCCGAAGGACAAUUCAGUGCAGUUGGGAUUACUGGAAUAUUAGGAGCGAUCGCUAUGGGAAUCAUAUCGUUCUUAUCAUAG